CAGAAGAGAGAGAGAGAGAAAGAAAACCCCUCCUAGCUGCUUAGUUACGGAACAAAUCUGAGAACGUGAGAAAGCUGCGUUUGGGAUGGAAAACCGUGCCGUGGACGACGUGUUCUAGGUGUUUCUGGAGGUUCGUGUCGCCGAGAGCCCUGGCAGCAGCACACAGCAGAGCAGGCAGAACGCCAGCAUGGCCGCAGACGCAUUGGUGAAGCCCUGCCAGAUGGACCGAAGUGGCAGCUUCUUUAAGCUGAUAGACACAUUUUCCACUGAGAUCUCAGAACUGAAGCAGGAGAUGGUUCAAACAGCUAGAGAGCCAGACACAAAGCUCUUACAAGGACUGGAGGGGGAGGUAAGUGGCCUGUUCCUGCAGUCACCGGUCUGCACUGGUGCGGCAGGGGUCCGGGACUCUGGCUAUGACUCUCUACGCCGGCGUAUGAGCGUGCUGGAGAGACUGACACACACACACCCAGUCUGGCUUGUACUUACACUCAGUGAUGAAGAAGCACAAUGCAUCCUGCAGCCUCAACCACCAGGGACAUUUUUGGUAAGAAGGUCGUCUAAGCUUCAGAAAAAGGUUAUUUCCCUGCGUAUGGACACAGACAGUGCUCCAGUGACUGUCAGGGACUUCCCAGUCACAGAGAGCCAGUACACCUUCUCUUUGGAGGGAUCAGGGAUCAGCUUUGCUGAUCUCUUUCGACUGGUGGCUUUUUGCUGCAUAAGUAGGGAUGUUCUCCCAUUCACGCUGAAACUUCCAGAGGCUAUCUCUGCUGCGAAGACUACUGCUGAUCUAGAAGAAGUAGCCAAGUUAGGAAUAGGAUUCUGGGACUCUACACUGUGUCAAAAGAAGAAAAGCGCUGCGCCUGAUGGACCAGCUGUCCCUGAUGGACCAACUGUCCAGCAGAGUGUGAAGCAGGCAGAGCAGGGAACAUCCUUUGGAGACAAUUUGAUACACGUUCCACUCACACGAACUCCAUCCCAGUUGGAGUGCAGUCAGUCAAACGGGGCUCUGUGUUUCAUUAACCCACUCUUUCUACAGACACACCGCACAGAACCUGCUUCCACAGAACCUGCCACCUCAGCAGCAUCUGGAGAAAAUUGUGCGCUUUCACACAGCAGCAGCUCCUCAACUCAGGGCAAAAGCCUUACAGAGCCUCAAAACAUUCUUCGCCGAACCAUCAAAACAGAACACACUAGAAACAACAGCGUGAAUAGAGAAAAAAGUUUGUCCCGCUCUCCUCCACCUCGGCCACCCCCACCCCGCAUCGUCCUGUGUAGACCAUCCGUCCCAGUCAAGCAAAAGAGCAUGCCUGAGACCGGUGUUAGCUGGAUCAAAACGCCCCAGGAGAGAUCUGGCCUGCUGGGGCGUCUAGGUUCCUCGUUCAGCUCCCUUUCACUCUCAUCCUCGCCACCAAAGAAAAUCAGCUCACCCAUCCCAAUGCCAUGCCGUGGAAAAAGAGCACCCAGCAUUGCUAAUGCAGAGGGGCAGCUUUGUCACCUGGCACUGGAGGACCAGAUCAUCGAGCAGGCGGUGUCUCAGAGCCUGGCCAAGCAGGCGCUGAGGAAUGCAGCCAUGGAGAGCAGAAGCCCUGCAGAGGAGGGCAGUCCCAUCGGCCGAGAGAGACUUAGUGACAUUAGCAUCUCCACCUCCUCCUCUGACUCUUUGGACUACACUCAUAGCUUCACAAUGCCAGCAGCAGCCAGCCCCUCCAGAGGUGACAGUAGCUUAGAGGAGGAGGAAGAUGAGGAGGAAUAUUAUGGAGUUGGUGUGGAGAGUGAUCAGGAGCUGAGCAUGGAGCCACCCUUCAAGCCCAAGAAGCGGCACAGCGCUGGAACGUUCGUACUGCCUCGGGCACUCAAAGGACAUCUGCGUAAGGUCAGCGGCGUCUUUAACUCGCUCAUGACACCUGAAAAAAGAGCAGUGAAAAGGAUUGUAGAGCACUCCCAGAACAAAAGCACCUAUUUCGGCUGCCUGGUGCAGGACUACAUGAGUUUCAUGCAGGAGAAUUGCAGCUGCCACGAAUCAGGCCUUGAACUGCUCCAGACCCUACGGCAGUUCAUGACUCAAAUGAAAUCCUACCUGCUGCAGAGCUCGGAGCUCAACCCUCCCAUUGAGUCCCUUAUUCCAGAGGACCAGAUUGAUCAGGUACUGGAGAAGGCCAUGCACAAGUGCAUCCUGAAGCCUCUGAAACCUGUGGUGGGGGCGGCUCUUCACAACUUCCAAAUGAGCAGUGGAGUCUGGCAGCAGCUGAAGGAGAACCUGGCUCUGGCCAAAACCAAGCAGCCACAAGAGAUGGGUGUAGAUGGAGCCAUGCCACCAGAUCCUGUGUCCAUAGAGAAGAUUCGUCAUAAGUUCCAAAAUAUGCGCAAACUGUACUCACCAGAGAAAAAGGUGUCACUACUGCUCCGUGUCUGCAAGCUCAUUUACACCAUCAUGGAAGAAAAUUCAGGGAGAAUGUAUGGAGCAGAUGACUUCUUGCCCAUGCUGACAUACGUGUUGGCUCAGUGUGACAUGCCUGAGCUGGAUACAGAAAUUCAGUACAUGAUGGAGUUACUAGAUCCCUCUCUACUGCAUGGAGAAGGUGGCUACUACUUAACUAGUGCAUACGGAGCUAUGUCUCUGAUAAAAAACUUCCAGGAAGAGCAGGCAGCGCGGGUGCUGAGCUCAGAAACCCGUAACACACUCCACCAGUGGCACCGCAGACGCACAGCUCAGCGCAGCACACCAUCCGUGGACGAUUUUCAGAACUACCUAAGAGUUGCACUCCAGGAACCAGACAGUGGUUGUACAGCUAAAACUCUAAAGGUGCGACCAUACGGCACCACAGAAGAGGUGUGUCAGUUAUGUGCUGAAAAGUUCAAGGUGCGUGACCCUGAUGCCCAUGCCCUGUUUCUGCUGACGGAGGAGAGCACGCAACAGCUGGCCCCGGACACACACCCACAGAAGAUCAAAGCAGAGCUACACAGUCGCCCACAGAGUCAGGCGUUUUACUUCGUCUACCGCCGAAUUCAGAACCUCAACCUCCCUGCUCCAGCAGAUGAAUUCAAUCACAGCUCAGUUACUGCCUUAGCCUGAAGCCUCUGAAACUUGCGUGUCAUGAAUUUACUCUCUUCCCUAAUUGCUGCGAGUGUUUUUCACAUCACCACAAAGACAACUGUGCUGUUUUGGAAAUGUUUGCAUCUAAAGGAAACAGAAAAUGAUGCUAGGCCCUGAGGAAAGAAGGAAGGAAGGAUGUGUCUGACAGAUGCUGCAUUUUCAGCUCUUCUUUUUCUUUUUUAAUCUUUCAGGAAGUGGAACGUGAGCAUUACAUUUAAGGAAGCCACUUUCAUGUUGUAAACGAUACAGGAGAGUUGACCAUAGGCAAACAUGCUAAUUGAAAGGUUGAGUAUGAAUGUGCGUGUUAAUAAUGGAGCGAGGCCUGUUUAAUAGCCGUUUCAGGUUUUUCUAUGCUGAGGAUUUUCUUUCCUGCGUCAGUAUGAAUAAUGCAAUACUCUAUGACUGCUUUUUUUUUUAAAGGACAAAAUUUAUUGGAUGUGUUUUAAAUUGUAUGCUAAUUUUCAUAUGGUGGCUGGCUUCAGAGGGCUGUUUAGCUCAUAGUCUGACAUGUUGUGCAAUAUGAGCAAGUCCACUGCCAAGGACAUGGAUGAAUCCAUAUCUAUAUCUGACUUUAUACUUUGCCUUUUUAUAUACUGAAAACCUAAUUGUUAACAUAUUUUAAACAGUUUUGAUGCAGUUGCUGGUAAACUGCUUUCGUUUUAUGUAUUUAAAAUCAUUAGUAUAAUAAUGCAUGCAUUUGUUGGUUAAGAAUAUUAACUAAGAACCAGGCACUGUUGCCAGUGAUGUUUUAUCAUAUGCAUAUUUGUACGAAUGAAAUCAUAUGAGUCAGUGCUGGUGGUCAGUCAGUAGACCACAAACUCAUUGUUUGUACUCCCAUCCUUGAUAAUUUAUAAAACAGUUUUGCUAUGAAGAUACAUAUAAAUAAAAUCUUGAAUCCAAGUUGUUAAAAAUACUGUACUACUGACAAGCUAAAGGCUUGUGUGUGAAUAAAUCUGAGCUGCAUCUCAGUGAUUUAUGAUCCUUGCUGGCAAGUUACUGAAAGUGUGCAGUGGGACAGGAAGGUUUUUUGAAGGCGAGGAGGUUACAGGAGUAGCAUGUAAUGAUAAGUAAAGAAACAGGAUGAAGUAACUGGAAGGUGAUACAAGAAUGGUAUUACAUUCAUUGGAAGAACAUCUCAAGUAAUGGAUUUUAUACAUAUUUUACUGUAAAUUCUGAUCAGGUAACAUUUGACUAAUUUGUUUUUUUGUUUGUUUUUGUUUAUUUGUGUAUGCCUAACUACAAAGGAUGAGAUUUACCAAGUGUGUGAUUUCCUGUUAAAGUGCUGUGCAUUUUUAUGUCUGGCCAUCGAUGGUAGAAAUGUCAUUGACUGAUUAUGUAGGGUGUCUGGUAAAACGAGACCAGAUCAAUGCAAUACGCUAACCCUUGUAGCAUUGACAGAAAUACAUCAGGGCUGGCAGGAAAAACAAAACAACAAAUACAUGAUGUUCAAUUGUCUUUUUUAAAGUUUGAAUAUAAUAUGUAAAUGUGAUUAAACUAGAUAUUAUAAAGUUGAUAAGUAUAUAUUUAUAUGCAAUCUGUGCUGGGAUUAUCACAGAUUCUUUUUUGUUUUUUUAAAGAAAACUACUUAAUUCAAAUGUGUUAAAUUGUAUUAUAUUGCAAAUGUUUCACUACUAGCACUCCCAUUGUAAGGUGUUUUUUUAUGUGGCAUUUAUUCAUGAACAAUACUAUUUUGCACACAAUAAAUAAGAACAAAUAUA